AUGGCCAAAUAUCCCAGCGAUGUUCAUGGCCAAUAUAUGCCUCUCCUCCUUGCCAAAGACCACCCAGAAUUGGAAGUGCCUGGGCUCAUGUACAUCGAUAUCUGGCCUAUUGCGCCCCCAAUGCUGGCCGUCUUUCAUCCUGAUAUGAUGGCCGAGUUCACGCAGACCACCUCGCUUCCGAAGCAUCCGUCACUGGAGGGCGAGUUCAGGCCUUUUACGCAACUCAACGACCUACUCACCAUGUCGGGAGAGACAUGGAAGACGUGGCGAGGCAUUUUCAAUCCCGCAUUUUCAGUCAAGAAUAUUCUGUCACUAAUACCCGCCUUCCUUGAGGAGAUUGAUGUCUUUGUUGAUCAACUUAAGGGCGCUGCAAAAUCUGGGAAAGUUUUUAGACUUGAAGAUAAGGCCAUUAGCUGCACGAUCGAUAUCAUCGGCCGGGCUAUCCUUGACAUUCGUCUAAAUUGCCAAACGAGUAAUAACGAGUUACAAGAGACAUUGAAGCGACAGAUUGCUUUAAUGUGGACAAGCAAUGCCCCCGAUCAACUAGUCAUGGCUCUCAACCCAUUGCGCCCCCUUCGCAUGUGGAACAAUAACAGGAUCAUCAGGAAUUAUCUCCGACCACAUAUCGAACGAGGAAUACAUGAGCAUCUGAAUGGUGAAUCAACCGGACACAAGACCAUCAACUCUCUAGCCACCAAGGCCUACCUCUCCCAACAAGAUUCUUCCAAGACCAACGCAAUCGCUGCCGACGAACAUUUCACGGACAUCGCCAUUGCCCAGAUAAAGAUCUUCCUGUUCGCGGGACACGACACUACAGCGACAGCUCUCUCAUACUCCUACUACCUUCUCAACACAAACCCAUCAGCACUAGCCACACUCCGCGCUGAACACGACGCCGUGCUCGGCCCUAAUACAAGCACAGCCCGAGCCCAAAUCGCCGCCAACCCAGCCCUGCUCAACCACCUCCCCUAUACAUCGGGCGUUAUCAAAGAAACCCUGCGCCUCUUCCCACCCGUCGGCACAAUCCGCAAAGGCCAAGCAGACUUCUACCUAACCCACCCAGAAACAGGGAAGCAGUACCCCACAGACGGAUUUAUGUUGUUCGGACUCAGUUUCGGCGUCCAGCGAGCAGAAGAGUUCUGGCCCCGAGCCACAGAGUUUCUGCCCGAGCGCUGGCUCGCAAAAGAAGGCGAGCCGCUGCAUGUACGGAAAAACGCAUGGCGGCCCUUCGAGCAGGGCCCCAGGAACUGUAUUGGCCAGGAGCUGGCGCAGAUCGAGCUGCGGGCGAUCCUGGCGCUGACGGUGCGUGAAAUGGAUAUUGAACCUGUUUUCCCUGAUGACUCGCCUGUUGUGUUUGGGGAGAAGGCGUAUCAGGUUAUGGAGGUUGGUAUGAUUACUGGGCAUCCGAAGCUUGGAAUGCCGGUUCGGAUUAAGAUGAGGGGUGAGAGUUAG